AUGUCAGCAAACAAGGAGAAAAAUGGGAAGAGCUCCAGAAAAUCCAUCUCAAUUGAUGAGAAAAGGGCCAUUGCUGCAAUGAAAGAUGAAGGGAAAAGGCCAUCAGAAAUUGCAGCAUUCUUCAACUUGCUCAGGAGCACCAUCACAACUAUAUUGGCCAAGGAUGCGAUCAAAAAUGAGAAGGUGGCCAAAGGAAGGGAGAAAAACCACGACAUCACUCCUGACUAUCUAAUCAUGGAACACGCCAUGAGGUACGGGGAGUUGGAGCAGCAGUAUCCAUUAUCAUCUUCCUUCGAAUUCCAGGCCACUAAGGGGUGGUUCCACAACUUUAGAAUGCGGACAAAAAUCCACAAUGUCCGUUUGCCCGGGAAGCCUGGUGAUGUGGAUUUCGAUGCUGCGGAAGUCUGCAAGGAUGAGAUCUGGAGUAUAGUGCAGGAAGAAGGCUACUCCAUGGAGCAAAUUUUUAAUGUCGAUGAUACAGCUGUUUUCUGGAAGAAAAUGCCCAAUAGGACGUAUAUUACCAAAGACAAGAUGAAAGUCCCUGGACCGAAACCUAGGAAAGAACGGCUGUCGCUCCUUUUGGAAGCGAAUGAUUCCGGGACUUUGAAAUUGAAGCCUCUCCUAAUAUACCAUUCAAAGAUGCCUCAUGCAUUCUCCCGUCAGAAAAUUGAUGGUGCGAAACUCCCGGUGACAUGA